GCUAAAUAUGAGUUUUGGUUCUCUGAGCAAACAAAAAACAUGAACCCUUUUGCCAGGGUUCCUGUUGUCAACUACAUAUUUAUAGUCUCCAUGAAGCCGAAGAGCCGUGACCUCGAGUUGUCCCCUGAGAUUCUCUAUCUCACAGUCAAACUAAUCGAUUACUCCCUGCUUAGACAUCCUCUGCCUGCAAGUGAUCUACAUCAUCUUGGUGUUGGUGCUUUACUCACUGCGUGGAAAGACCUUGACGCAGAGACUGUUGAUGUCGAUUAUCUGAUGUCUGUCACAAACAGUUUCUCCAGCAUAAACAUCUGCAACAAAAAGAAGAUUCUAAAGAUGGAGAAAACCAGUUUGCAAGAGUUGGCAAAUAACUUGGGAAACGAAACACAAUAUGAGUAUCUUCUGAAGUUCAUCAAAGCUUCAAGAUCCGACCGAGAAGUGAAGAACAUGGUUCACUAUUUAGUUGAGUUGGGUAUGGUGCAUCUUGACACUACACUGUUCCAUCCUUCUUUGUGGGCUGCAUCAGCAAUCUACACUGUGAGAUGUUGUCUGGAUAAGAGCCCUCCUUGGACUGAUGCUCUGGAAUCCCUCACCAAGUACUCUGAAAAUCAGCUCAUGGAAUGCUCAAAGCUUCUAUUUUCCAAACAUUCGGAAGCCUCUGGUGGGAGCAAUCUUCGGGCUGUGUUCAAGAAGAAAGAAUUUGAAAAAGAAUAUGGAUCCUUUCACCACUUUCUAGACCCUUAUUCAUCUGUUCGUUGUAUAGCUGCCAUAGGAUUCAGCGGUACACUAGUUUGCAAAAAUGAAGGAUUUAUUGCUGCUGAAGACCUUGCCUUCAGUUUUGAGAAAUCGUGGCUGGGGCUUCAUAUCCAGAAAUUUCUCAUUUUCAGGAAAACAUCAGCAAGUAUCCUUACAGCAGCACUUGCAUCACAGAACUCAGAACAACCUGCCUCUAGUGCUUCUAAUGCUGUUUUGCCUUUUGAAGGGGGUUCUUUAGAUGCAGCAGUUGCAUCUCCAUCAACAGCCUCUAGUGUUCAACCCUCAGAGACAAAAUCAACCGUGACAUCUGCAUCACCAAAACAAAACAAUGCUUGCGCAGUUGCAGUUUCAGCUAAGGCCAAUGUAGGACGGACAGUAAUGCCGUUGGUUCCUUACUUUUCCGGUGAAGCUGCGGUGGUUCUUCACUGUGGCGGGUUCGAUGUGGCUCGGAGCUGCUAUGUGCAUUGGUGGCAGUGGGGCUGGGUCGUCAUCAGUUGUGGUUCUCUCUUUGCAACUUGGGUUUCUUCUUUGCCGCCGGUGUAACUCAUUUGGUGAGGUGGUGGCAAAGUGCAUUUGGAGUUUCUUUUGCAGUUUUUGGUCUUAUGUACUCGUUGUUAGUCUCUGUUCUCUGUAAAAGAAUAAAAAAUGGUAUAAAACUUUCAUUGGUGUACAAGGCAUAAUGGUGCGCGAGACAUCCAAAACAUUUGUAAUAAUAACAAGAGAUGACAAAUUUGGAGGUAUGUUAAAGCUUUUUCACCAAUAGAUUUGCGAUAAAGAUCAAAAUCGUUC